GGCGGGAGCGCGGCUGCGGCGAGGCGCGGAGGUUCUCCUCCCCCGCGCUGCCGCCGCGGGUGUGCGCGCGGAGCCGCGUCGGUGCCCCAGCUGCCGCCGUUGCUGUUGCCGUUGCCUGCAAUGGCGUUGAGGCGCCGCGGCGGUUGGUGCCUCCUGUCAGGCGGGCGGCGGCAGCAGCGGCCGUUCUCCACAGAGGCACCGAGCCGCCGCGGGCCGGAGGAGAAGCGGGGUCAGCGCUGAGGCGGGGAGGCUGUGGGAGCUCGCCGCGGCUCUCCGCUGGAUUAAAUCCGCUGUUGUUCUUGAAUGUCCUCGGUUGUGCUGCCUGGUCAGAACUGACCGCAUGCGUUUAGAUCUUUACCUCCAGAUCUUCUGUCAAGUGUGGCCGUGCUGAAGGGCAGUGCCCCCUGCGAGCACUCCUCAGGCAGAAUCACAGCUGAGAGACCACUGAGAGCAGUACCACAGAAACUAUGUAAGCUGGUUUUGCACUCCUGGAGUAACCAUGAUGAAAACGGAGUCUUCAGGGGAAAGAUCAACCCUCCGAAGUGCCUCUCCUCAUAGGAACGCUUACAGAACUGAGUUCCAGGCGCUGAAAAGCACCUUUGACAAGCCGAAAUCAGAUGGAGAACAGAAAGCGAAAGAGGAAGGAGAGGCCUCACAGAGCAGGGGAAGGAAAUAUGGCUCAAAUGUCAAUAGGAUUAAGAACUUAUUUAUGCAGAUGGGCAUGGAGCCCACUGAAAGUGCUGGGGUUACCCCUAAAACCAGAGGAAAGGGUGGUCCUCCAUCACCUCAAAGACGAAUUAGGCCCAAAGAAUUUGUAGAAAAAGCUGAUGGUUCAAUUGUAAAGUUGGAAUCGUCUGUCUCAGAAAGGAUCAGUAGGUUUGAUACGAUCCACGAUGGUCCUUCCUAUUCCAAGUUUACUGAAACUCGGAAGAUGUUUGAGCGAAAUGCUCAUGAAACUGGACAUUCCAAUCGCUACUCCCCAAAGAAAGAUAAAGUUGUUUCCAACGAGCUUCCAGAUGAGUGGUGCAGUGCCAAGUCUCAAAGGGGCAGCACCGAUUCACUGGACAGCCUUAGCCCAAGGACAGAGACCGUCUCUCCAACCGUGAGUCAGCUCAGUGCAGUUUUUGAGAACACUGACUCACACAACGUGAUCGUCGUAGAGAAGUCGGAGAACAAUGAAGAGUACUCUGUAACUGGUCACUAUCCGCUCAGCCUCUCCUCCACUGUGGCAAAUAUCUCCUCCCCGGUUGCAAACCUUGAGGGCUUCAGUCCUUUGAAAGAUGCCAGCACGUGGUCUCCCACAGCCAAACAGGGUACAGGUGGGAUGUCUGCUGAGAACUCUCAGCAGAAUAGUGUGUCUUCAGCACUGAGACAGAAGACUUCCACAGGCACUUCAGCGGGUUCAAAAACAAGCGAAGAGAUAAAGAAGGGUACAGAGGCAAGUGCUGAUGCUGUUGAGAGCUCUGGAGCGAGUCAACAGGAACUGGUCAGCGUGCUUGACAGUGAAAGAUCCAUGGACAGCUGUUCUAGGAGCAAAUCAAAAACAGAGGCAGAAGUUUUGUUGCAACAAAAGGAACAGUUGGAACAUGCAGAGGGUGUCUUGAAUAGAUCCGAAGCUUCAGAACUACCAAGAAAUGUAGCUUCAGGUGGUGAUUUUGCCACAGAUGCAGUUUCAGAUGCUACCGAGUCCCAUUAUGAUGAGGCAGGUGAAAAAGAAGGGCAUGAAGAUGUGAAUGAUUUUCAGAGUUCCCACGUGUACAUGCACUCUGACUACAAUGUGUACCGGGUACGAUCGAGAUAUAACUCUGACUGGGGAGAGACAGGUACAGAACAGGAUGACCAGGAUGACAGUGAUGAAAAUAACUGUUAUGAGCCUGAUAUGGAAUAUUCUGAAAUUAAUGGAUUGCCAGAUGAAGAUGAAAUCCCAGCCAACAGGAAGAUACAGUUUAGCCGUGCUCCAAUUAAGGUUUUCAAUACAUAUUCUAAUGAAGACUAUGACAGGAGAAAUGAUGAAGUUGACCCAGUGGCUGCAUCAGCUGAAUAUGAACUCGAGAAGCGUGUGGAAAAACUGGAGCUCUUCCCAGUUGAACUAGAAAAAGAUGAAGAUGGACUUGGCAUAAGCAUUAUUGGAAUGGGAGUUGGAGCAGAUGCAGGCCUCGAAAAGCUGGGAAUAUUUGUCAAAACAGUAACAGAAGGUGGGGCAGCAGAAAGAGAUGGCAGGAUCCAAGUGAAUGACCAAAUUGUGGAAGUGGAUGGAAUCAGCCUGGUUGGUGUUACACAAAAUUUUGCUGCAACUGUUCUUAGAAACACCAAAGGGAAAGUCAGGUUUGUAAUCGGAAGGGAAAAACCAGGACAAGUGAGUGAGGUUGCGCAGCUGAUCAGCCAAACUCUAGAACAAGAACGCCGCCAGAGAGAGCUGCUGGAGCAGCAUUAUGCACAGUAUGAUGCAGAUGAUGAUGAGACAGGGGAAUAUGCCACAGAUGAAGAAGAUGACGACAUGGGACCUGUCCUUCCAGGAGGUGACAUGGCUAUUGAAGUGUUCGAUCUCCCUGAAAAUGAUGACAUGUUCUCCCCGAGUGACGUGGACACCAGCAAGCUUGCUCACAAAUUCAAAGAGUUGCAAAUCAAACAUGCAGUUACAGAAGCUGAAAUUCAGAAGCUGAAGACAAAGCUGCAGACUGCUGAGAAUGAGAAGGUGAGGUGGGAAUUGGAGAAGACCCAGCUCCAGCAGAACAUUGAGGAGAAUAAGGAAAGGAUGAUGAAAUUAGAGAGUUACUGGAUUGAGGCACAAACCCUGUGUCACACGGUGAAUGAGCACCUAAAGGAGACGCAAAGCCAGUAUCAGGCUCUGGAGAAGAAAUAUAACAAGGCAAAGAAAUUAAUCAAGGAUUUUCAGCAAAAAGAACUUGACUUCAUCAAACGCCAGGAAGCUGAACGAAAGAAAAUAGAAGAUUUGGAGAAAGCACAUCUUGCAGAGGUUCAAGGCUUACAAGCUCGUAUACGAGACUUGGAAUCAGAAGUUUUCAGGCUAAUGAAGCAAAAUGGGAGCCAGGUUAACAAUAACAACAACAUUUUUGAAAGGCAGACAUCUUUUGGAGAAGUUUCUAGAGGAGAUCCGGUGGAAAAUCUGGAUACUAAGCAAGUGUGCCUGGAUGGCUUAAGUCAAGAUUUCAAUGAAGCAGUGCCAGAAACGGAGAGACUGGACUCCAAAGCUCUGAAGACUCGAGCUCAGCUUUCAGUGAAGAACAAGCGGCAGAGGCCUUCUAGAACGAGGCUGUAUGAUAGCAUCAGUUCAACUGAUGGAGAGGACAGCCUUGAACGAAAGCCAUCAAACAGUUACAGUAGUCCCAUGCACAUUUCAAAAUCACCACUGCCCUUAUGUAUGAGAGCAUCCUCACCAGCAUCAGAUUCUGGUGCUUCCUCCCUCUCCCCCGUGGCUAGCAGUGCAACAAUCUCACUUGACAACCUAACUGAAAACCAAGAAGAAGGACAGCACCACAAAGGAGGUGCUCUUUCCCCACAUGCUCGGGGGGACACUCCACUUUCCUCUCCUUCAAUAUCUGGGCACAGCUCUGAAGCAUCUCCUUUGCAUCACCCACCUGGCAGGAAUAUUAUGCAGGAAAAAGAUGGUGCCACAUGUGCUCAGGCAGCAAGAACAACUAGCCCUAUUCUAGGGCAUACAGAGAAACUAAAGCGAAAACUUGCAGAUCUUGGGGCUCCCUUGAGAAGGAGUUCAAACAAGGGCAAGAAGCGGAAAGAGAAAGAAGCUAUUAGGGUGACCUACUGCAGUAGGACCAUCAGAGAGAUGCUGCAGAAAUCAGCAAACACUAGAUCUGUAGCAGAUCGAUCCUCCUCUCUCCCACACUGUGUACCAUUCACAUGGUAUGGAGAGAGUGGCAAGGGAUCCCAUUCUUCUAGCAACCUGCCAUCAUCCGCCAGCUCAACUGAGCCUUCUUCUGAAAAUAUAAGUCCAGCUAAAAAAGGGUCAAAGAAUUUCACAUUCAACGAUGACUUCAGUCCCAGCAGCACAAGUUCAGCUGAUUUGAGUGGUUUAGGAGCAGAACCUAAACCCCCAGGUUUCUCACACUCCUUAGCACUGUCAUCAGAUGAGAGCCUGGAUAUGAUUGAUGAUGAGAUCCUUGACGAUGGCCAGUCUCCUAAGCACAGUCAGUAUCAGAGUCGUGCUGUUCAGGAGUGGAGCGUGCAGCAGGUGUCCCACUGGUUAAUGAGCCUGAACCUUGAGCAGUAUGUUUCAGAAUUCAGCGCCCAAAACAUUAACGGGGAGCAUCUUCUUCAGCUGGAUGGGAGUAAGCUCAAGGCUCUUGGUAUGACAUCUUCCCAGGAUAGAGCAAUCAUUAAGAAAAAGCUGAAGGAAAUUAAAACAUCCUUGGAAAAAGCUCGCAAAGCUCAAGAGAAAAUGGAAAAGCAAAGGGAGAAGCUUCGAAAGAAGGAACAAGAGCAACUGCAGAGGAAAUCGAAGAAAACAGACAAGGCUUCAUCAGAUGCAACAGAGGGCACUAAUGAGCAGUGAUAAGCAGAAGUGCUGCUGUGUUAGGAAAGUGGAGGCGCUUCAAGGGAAGAGAAACUCACAUCCACGCUGGUGCCCCUUCAGCAUUCUUGUAUUCAUUACCCAACAGUGUGUACAGAGAAAUGGGGCUAUACAUAGAGUGACUUGGGAAAUUUAUAUUGUGUAGUUUUAUUUUCCUGCAUAUCCAGUUCACGCUCGUUGCUGUUGCCAUGUGAAACGACCCCAGCCCCUCAGUUUGUUUUGUUGUUGUUCACAGCUAACAGAUUUCAUAUUUGUGUGGCGGUGUUCCCUUCCAAACUACUCUAUUGAGCUCUAUGUGUUUGGUCACUUCAGUAACCAGCAUGAUGCCGAGGAGCAUGGUCCACUGCUUCACCUCUUCUGAAUAGGAUGGCCAGUCAAAACGAUUGGUGACCGUUGCUUCAGCUGGGUAAAAGGAGUUGUGCUCUGUCUGAUAAGAGUUGAUUUAACUUUCUAACUGGAAGUUCAGCUUCUUUACAGCGGUUGGAUACUCAGUUCCGUCUACUGGAGUAAGUUCCGUCUUGUGUCAGUACCUUGAAGUGACACUGCUCUGGAAACGCAACUGUUCAGUAACUUCUUAUACACUGGAGAUAAAGACAGGAGAGUCAAUAUUCCCCCUGGGUAAAAGACAGGAGGUGAAACUCUUUCUGUUAACUGUACUAUAGUUAAUCCAGGAAGGAGGCAAAGCCUUAAAUGAUUAUGUGGGUUUACACAGAAAUCUGAGGAUAACAUUUAUCCUUUAGAUAUCUGAGCAAGGAUGAAUUUCUAACUAGAGCACAGCUCAUAUAUCUGUAUAAAUUUCAUUGUGCUCCCAGUGUGUAGGCAACUUUCUUAUAGCACACUCUGCUUUCUUUUUCAUGUGUUUUGAAUGGGAAACUGGGCUUAUUUUGUUUCAGGUUUGUCUUUUUCCAGAAAAAACACCACAUGUUCAGAUUCAUUCUCCAACAAGCAUUGGGAGAAUAAGCUUUGUGCUGUGCUGUUAUGAAGCUGUUGUUGGAAAUUAUUAUCAAACAAGUCUGCUGAAGAUACUCAGUUUUUACAGAAGUGCACUUUAAGAAGAGGAAGACGAGGGAUUCAGGUUAAAAUUAAAUGUAGUACAUUGCUGUUAAGAUCAACGCUGCCAUGGAGGUGAUGGUUACUAAAUCCAAAGCCUGCCAUAUAUUACUGUUUUGAUUGAUGUGUUUAAAGAAUUUUCCCACCAAAACCUGAAUUUAUGGGCAUAGGCUGUAGAAUGUUUUGAUGGCUUAGCAGUGGUCAUAUUACAUCUUUCAGCGUUUCCUGUUUUCCUGGUAUAUGAGGACAGCGGCAAAGCCUGCUGUAGUUUUGGCUAUGACAGAAGCAGUGUAUAACUCACACUGCAUGGAGUUACUGCCUCUUAAGAGCAGUAUUAAAAUACGCAAUAUUUCUUCAGAAGAAUAGACAGACAACAGGCAAAUAUCCACAAUGAAAAGCUAGAGGUAUUAUGUUAUAGUGGAAGCUGACUAUGUCACAGCAUUUACAGUUGGGAAUACAGUCACCUCCCUUUCAUGCAUCCUGGAUGUUGCAGUCUUCACCUAGUCAUGCCAACCCUUAAGUUGUUGAAGAUAUUGAUGCAAAGUUAGAAUCUUGGACUUAAAAUUUUGUCUUCCGGCCUGAAAAAUGCAAAUACUGAAUUCGUUUGAAGAAAAUGUUUGGUUUAGUUUGGCUUGGCUUCCCUUCUGCUCUGUACUUUAAGGCGUUCAGAUUUGUGUCUGUAAAGUUCUCUGAAGAUCAGAUUUGAAACAGUUGGGGUGCAAUGUUUAUAGUUAAGUUUCUUUUGAGCCUAAUAAUUUCUUUGAUGUGUAAAAUGGUCUGUAAACCGAGAGAGCCUAGUUCAUUCAAAAUUAAUACACAACAGAUCUACUUAACAUUAGCUUUAUUUUGCCUUCCAAAUCAAAUUUCUGCAAGUUUCUGAUGUAUAUUUUAUUCAGAGCUAAAAAUUAAAUUGCCAGAAAAGAUAACUUCCUGAUAUUUCUAAGGCUUAUGAUAUAUUUCUUGAGAUGAGAUAGACCACCAGCAAAAAAGUAUACUUUCUAACAAGAAUUCCACAUUGCAAUGAAUCUCUUUGCACUCUAUAGGAGACAAGUUGUACAACUGUUUAAUAGCCUGCUAAAACUAGCAUUCUGUUAUUUUAGGAGGUUACCAAUUCAUAUUUGAGUAAGAGAAGUUAUCUGGAAGAAACUGGAAAUCUAAUAUUUUAAGUACAAUGUUGAUAAAAGCAUUCAAUGGUGAUUUUCUUUUUAAAUUAUGUUUACAUUGUCGUAAUGUUUAAGUGCUUGUAUAUAGUAUCUAAGGUGGUGACCCUGUUUUAUGUUCUUUGUUUUCUUAGAAACCUGAGCAGACUACUUGGCAUUAUACAUUCAGUUUUCAUUCUUGCUGCUUAGAACAGGACGUCGUUAAUCUCUUUGUAAAUCAUGUUCUUGCUCUACAGAAUAAGUAAUUCGACUUAAGUCCUUUAUGUAUCCAGGGGGUUUUAAUUGCUUUGUGGUAAUGUUAUUUGGUUAUUCUCAGACAAAAAUAAAACAACCAUCCAAACAACAAAAACCUAACCUAAAAAAAAUACCCACAAACCUAGUGGCUUAAAUUUAAUAUAAAACCAUAAAAUGCGUUUAGACCAACACAUAAACUGAGCAAGCCAAGCAGUGUCAGGAGUUUUGCUCUUCUUUCUGUGAUAAAAGAGAUUUAUGUGGUUUCUUUUAUUAAGUAUGGUAACUCGUUGGAACAUGCAGAAAUGUCGCUGCAUAACAGAUACAAAGCUCAGUUUGAAACUUUUAUUACUGUUCUAUAGGACCUUUAAAGUUGUGUUGCAUUUUUCCCCUUUGUAUUGUGUAAUGACAUAUAUGAAACAAAAUAUAUGGAUGCCUCGUCAUUCUUUUGGUAGACCAUUGUUAAGUCAGACUAAUGUGGGGUUUUGAUGUAAUAAGAAGAAACAAAUAUUCUGUACUAAAUGACUGGAAGGACUUUCUCUUUUGGCUCACCUGCAGAUGUAACUGUUGGCUACUUUUGUGUAUUUAUUUGUGGAGCUAAAGCGAUUUUGAGUAUGCUGGCUUGCCUGGCCACCUUUAAGCUGCUGUGCAGGCACUGUGGUGUUUCUACAUGUGUCUGUGUCACCUUUUACACCCAGCUGUGCACAGGAAAUUAACACCACCCUGGUUACAAUGGCAGGCUAGUUCUGUAAGCUCUACUCCUGCCCAUUGCUGCGGUGUUGCCAGGUUGUGAAUAUAUCGAGCUUCUGAAAGGGUGAAGAAAGAAGAGUUAGCAAAAUUGGAACUCUGAAAAAUAGUAAAUAGAAGAUACAACACUGCCGGUUACUUUAGACCUAAAAAUCCUAGUGUUUAUACUGAAAUCAUGGCAAGAGCGGUGGCUGCUUGCUCUGUCCAAGUCAGCUAGACAUACUGACAUUACUCGCUUCCAGCUCGUAUUUUCCCAUACAUUGGGGUGCUGCACCUAUGUGACUUUCCCGUGUUAAAACUCUCAAUUCGGUUUCAGUCAGCCCAAGCAGAUCAGAACCAGGGUGUGAGGAAGGAGCUGAACCUGUUUAUUGCAGUGCAGAGAGUAUUGCCCACUGUUGCAAAGGCAUCUGCUGUGCUAUGACUGUGGUCUGCUGCAGGAAUACCACAAGAAUCAAGCUGUCACUAGAAUUACUGAGCAGCUUUCCUCUGAAGCUUGCCAGUCCUCGACUCUCAUUGACAUUCAGAGGUGCUCAACACUGAGCAUUGGGUUUCUCAUACUUCAUUGCUUCCAUCAAAGCCUCUUCUCCUUCUGAGCUGCUCCACUGUCACCUCCUGGCUCACAUGCUAGCAAGUAAGAGAUAAAAAAUGUGUGAUUUCUGAGAAUGAAUGGUGUCCCACUUUUAAAUCAGAGAAAGAAAUGCCACCGUUGUUAACAGCGCAGAAUCCAGUUCUGCAGUAGGAAGGACAAGAGUUAUAAUUUAGUUGGGUACAACCAACAAGUACCCAGUACUCCAGGUACCAACAGUGAAAAUCAAAAGGAAAGGGUUGCACACCUACAGCUGUAGUUCUUUACAGCAUUUGCAUUGCACUCUGUACUGUUCGUCAGUGCUGAAAUUUAGGGGAAGUUUGCAAGGAUUAACUCUUGUGUUGAUUUCUUAGCCGUGUGUUUACAGAGAUAAAACACUGUCAAGGCAAAAGUAAAACCUGAUCUUGCUCUCUUUA